AGCACCACUGUCUGGGUCUGUGUGGAAGUUGUGGGGGGGGGAGGAUCUGCCCACAGGUCACGCCUACCUGCCCCUGCUGGCACCCUGAACUCUUUGUCCCAGGCCCAGCCCUGCCAUUUUAUUUUUCCUCUUCUUCUGUGAGGCACAGGGAAUAUAUGAGUCAUGUGACAGAAGCAGAAUGGGUUGUCUGAGUUUUAGGAUAGUUUACUUAAAAAAGUCUGGGAAGUAAAAGCUCAAACCGUUGACUGUGGAGAGGACCUGGCCAAGCAGGGAGUGUGGGAGAGUUAGAGGGAUUGGGAAUGAAAUAAGGAAACCCAGUUUGGAAAUACUUAUUACGACAUAAGCUUUUCAAUCCCGUGUGCCGCUGAAUUUAGGUAAGUUAGGAAGGGCUGCAGUACAUCACAGAAAUUAGAAAAAGAACACAGAUUUUAAGAUCAGGUAUGGAUUUCACUCUAGUGAUAUUGAGUCAAUUAUUUAACCUCUCUGAACCUCAAUUUUCCCACAAUGUAAGACAAAGAAAAUAUACUCAGCUUAUGAGAAUUAAAUGAGAGACCAUAACGUCAACCAACACAGGGCUUCGCAUAUUGGUCACCCCUUCAGUAAAUCAUCACGGCUGUGUUAUCAGGGCUCUUAACAAGGAAAGUGGCAAGUGGGAAGCAGAAUUUCCGGUGGGGAUCCCUGGGCCAGGCAGCCUUACGACGUGAACUUGGACAAGUCAUUUUCCGCUUCACUGUGAGAUAGUGCGGGGAUGCACCACAAGGACAUGGCAGGAUGGCUGACAAGAGAUUGGGAAGUGACCUAGGAGGAGAGCUGGCUGGAUGACUGCUGUGAGAGGCGUCAUCUCCAUGCUUGCUCUGUGAUGUUUCAGUCCCAGGGAGACAAGCGCCAUGUCUCUGAGCAGUACCUUUCAGGCUGUGGGCAACGACCCUGGGAUCAUCACCUGGAGAAUAGAGAAAAUGGAGCUGGCGCUGGUGCCCCUGAAUGCCCACGGCACCUUCUAUGAGGGGGACUGCUACAUCAUCCUCUCGACCCGAAGAUUGGGCAGCGUCCUCUCCCAGGACAUCCACUUCUGGAUUGGGAAGCACUCCUCGCAGGAUGAGAAGAGCUGCGUAGCCAUCUACACCACGCAGCUGGAUGACUACCUGGGGGGCAUCCCCGUGCAGCACCGGGAGGUCCAGUGCCACGAGUCUGACACCUUCCGCGGCUACUUCAAGCAGGGCAUCAUCUACAAGAAAGGGGGUGUGGCCUCCGGGAUGAAGCACGUGGAGACCAAUACCUACGACGUGAAGCGGCUGCUGCACGUGAAGGGGAAGAGAAACAUCAGUGCCACCGAGGUGGAAAUGAGCUGGGACAGUUUUAACCGAGGUGAUGUCUUCCUGCUGGACCUUGGGAAGGUCAUCAUCCAGUGGAACGGCCCAGAGAGUGGCAGCAGGGAGCGUCUGAAGGCCAUGCUCCUGGCAAAGGAUAUUCGGGACAGGGAGCGAGGGGGCCGUGCUGAAAUAGGAGUGAUCGAGGGAGACAAGGAGGCGGCCAGUCCAGAGCUGAUGAAGAUCCUUCAGGACACCCUCGGCUGGCACUCCAUCAUCAAGCCUGCGGUCCCCGAUGAGAUCACAGAUCAGCAGCAGAAAUCAAACAUCACGCUGUAUCAUGUCUCAGACUCAGCUGGGCAGCUGGCGGUCACAGAGGUAGCAACGAGGCCUCUGGUCCAGGGCGUACUGAACCACGAUGACUGCUACAUCCUGGACCAAAGUGGAACCAAGAUCUAUGUGUGGAAAGGAAGAGGAGCCACAAAGGUUGAGAAACAGAUGGCCAUGUCUAAAGCUCUGAACUUCAUCAAGAUGAAGGGCUACCCCAGCAGUACCAACGUGGAGACCGUCACUGACGGUGCCGAGCCAGCCACGUUCAAGCAGCUGUUCCAGAAGUGGUCAGUGAAGGAACAGACCGUGGGUCUGGGGAAAACGUUCAGCAUUGGUAAAAUCGGUAAGAUUGCCCCCAGAUCGUGUUCUCACUGCCGGGACUCUUUAGAAAGGCAGGCACGGGUGCUUUUUGCUCACUUGGCUUCUCCCAACCCCUUCCGUGCAGCUAACGUUUUCCAGGAUAAAUUUGAUGUGACUCUGCUGCACACCAAACCAGAGGUGGCAGCCCGGGAAAGAAUGGUCGACGACGGCAACGGCAACGUUGAGGUCUGGAGAAUCGAAAACCUGGAGCUGGUCCCCGUGCAGCAUCAGUGGUAUGGCUUCUUUUAUGGGGGAGACUGCUAUCUGGUUCUCUAUACGUACGAGAUGCACGGGAAGCCGCACUACAUCUUGUACAUCUGGCAGGGCCGCCACGCCUCACGGGAUGAGCUGGCAGCCUCGGCAUACCAGGCGGUGGAGGUGGACCGGCAGUUUGAUGGGGCCCCUGUGCAGGUUCGGGUUACCAUGGGGAAGGAGCCACGCCACUUCAUGGCCAUCUUCAAAGGAAAGCUGGUUAUCUUUGAGGGUGGGACUUCCAGGAAGGGAAAUGCCGAGCCCAAUCCUCCGGUAAGGCUUUUCCAGAUUCAAGGAAAUGACAAAUCUAACACCAAAGCGGUGGAGGUUCCAGCCUUCACCUCCUCCCUAAACUCCAAUGAUGUCUUUCUGCUGCGGACCCAGGCAGAGCACUACCUGUGGUGUGGCAAGGGGUCUAGUGGGGAUGAGCGGGCAAUAGCUAAGGAGCUGGCCGGGCUUCUCUGUGAUGGCAGCGAGAACACCGUGGCUGAGGGCCAGGAGCCAGCUGAGUUCUGGGACCUGCUGGGAGGAAAAACUCCCUAUGCCAAUGACAAAAGACUACAGCAGGAAAUCCUAGAUGUCCAGUCCCGUCUCUUUGAAUGUUCCAAUAAGACUGGCCGGCUCAUUGUCACUGAGAUCACAGACUUCACCCAGGAUGACCUGAACCCAGAUGACGUGAUGCUCCUGGAUACCUGGGACCAGGUGUUCUUGUGGAUUGGGGCUGAGGCCAACGCCACAGAGAAGGAGAGCGCUCUUGCUACCGCCCAGGAGUACCUGCACACUCACCCCAGCGGCCGAGACACCGGCACACCAAUCCUGAUCAUUAAACAGGGGUUCGAGCCUCCCAUAUUCACAGGCUGGUUCUUGGCCUGGGACCCUCACAUUUGGAGAGCAGGGAAAUCAUAUGAACAGUUAAAAGAAGAGCUGGGAGAUGCUGCUGCUAUCACGAGAAUCACUGCUGUGAGUUUCUUGGAGGAGCUAGUCACAGGCAACCAGAGCCAGAGAGAAACAGCAAAUGCCACAGAUGCAACAUGGCCAAAACCCUAUCAUGUCCUUCUUAGUAUCACUCUGGUGGUCUAUUUUGAUUUGAAGAUUGUUUUAAUCGGUAGAAAUGCAGGUCUCAGAGCCAAGGUCCUUAUUUUACUGCCUUCCAGAAUUUAGAACAGACUUGCUGUUUAAAAACACAACGAAAACAAAACCAAAUUUUAUUAUUCAACUCUCUCUGUCAUUCAGGACAAGAUUAAAUUUAUUGUUAGUAUUUUUCAGAAAUAAUAAGCUUCUAACCCAAAUGAUGUUUAUCAGUUUCUGACAGGGGCAUCCACAGAAACUUAGGCCAUUACCCCUAUUUUAAUGGUCAAAAGAAGUGGAGCUUCUGGCCAGGAAUCCAACAGCUCUUUAACGUCAGGACAAGUACAUGGCACCACUGUCCGAACCAUCUGGCAGUUUUGUCCUUUGUGCUGUACAAACUCAAGAUUUCAAAGCUAAUGGCAAUGUAGCAUCUUUAAAAAAUAUUUAAAAGAAGUAUGACUUCAACCUGAAGUCAUUUGAAGUCUGGAAAUGUAGAGCCCAAGUAAAAGUACCAAUAGAAGGAAUGUGAUCACGGUAUUUAAAUGAUGUUUAAGCAAAACAUCUACGCCAAACUAGCUAUACAGGAUUUACCUUAGACUUACUGAAUCACCUUCCCAAGAAGGACCCUAAAAUCUGAAUAUUUUAGAUUCCCAGAUGAUUCUGACAUGCAGCCAGUUUGGGGGACCAUUGUUCUAAA